GUUGUCUAAGUGAAUGGUUUCCCAAUAGUGAAGACAUUCACUCUUUAGGACGCCCUGGAAGGAAAAUGCAACAUUUUCCUCCAAUCAUCAGAGGAGGGCUAUGGGAGUCCAGUCAUCCAUAUGUGCCUAUAAUUAAAAGCAGGCAGACUUUACCCGCUUUGCCCUUUUAUAACUUUCUCUUCUGGAUCCUGCUCGGAGUGUUGACGUUUCCUUGCUGUGUGCGAUGCUUGAUAUUCAAAGUGGGAGUUUUGGGCCCCUGGAACUGCGACCCUGUUUUCUACAGGGCUCUGCCCACCUCGGCCGCCCGGCUGGCGGUGGGCAGGAUCAAUACAGACCUGAGCCUGGAUAUGGGCCUGAAGAUGGACUUCAUCAUCCUGCAGGAGCCUUGCGAGACCUCCAAAGCUCUCACGGCAUUUAUUUACAACGAGAACAUGGCCGACGCCUUCGUUGGUCCCACUAACCCUGGAUACUGCGUGGCGGCCUCGCUGCUGGCCAAGACCUGGGACAAGGCCCUCUUCUCCUACGGCUGCGUCACCUACGAGAUGGACCGCGUGGCGGCCUACCCGACCUUCGCGAGAACCGUGCCCUUUCCAUCCGACGUUCUGUUCAUCGUGCUCAAACACUUCAGGUGGGCCAGCGUCGCGGUGGUCUCGUCCAACGAAGACAUCUGGAUGGAUACCGCCGGGAGGGUGGCCACGGCUCUGAGGAGUAAGGGGCUUCCUGUCGGCCUCGUCACACCCAUUGGUAUGAAUGAGACGGAAAUGGGGAACGCACUGAGGAGGAUCCAGGACGCAGGAGAAAUCAGGGUCAUCAUAAUGUGCAUGCACUCUAUCCUGGUUGGAGGUGAGCCACAGGCUGCAUUUCUCCUCAAAGCACAACAGAUGGGACUGACCUCGGGGAAGUAUGUUUUUGUGCCCUACGACACUCUCCAAUACAGCGUGCCCUACGUCAACGUCUCCUACUUCCCUCUGCAAAACAGCAGCAGGCUCAGGGAGGCCUAUGAUGCUGUGCUCACCAUCACCUUGGCCUCUGAGCCUCAGUCCUUCUACGAGGCUUUCACAGCUGCCAAGGAAGUGGCACUGCCAGUGCAGGCAGAGCAGGUGAACCCACUGUUUGGGACCAUCUAUAAUAGUUUAUAUCUGCUGGCAAAGUCAAUCCAUAACGCCAGGAGAGCCGGCAUGCGGCUGUCAGGCUCCAACCUGGCCUACUUCAUAAAGAACACGACCUUUAAUGGUUUCAACCAGAAUGUCACUGUGGACAAGAGUGGGGAUGUCAAGACCAACUACGUCGUCCUGGACUCUGACAACCGGGGCAGUCAGCUGUACCAGACCUACAUGGUGGACCUGAAAUCAGAGGCACUCCGUUUUGCAGGAAGGUCCAUUAAUUUUCCGGGAGGAUCCCCUCCGCCAUCCGAUUCCUACUGCUGGUUUGACAAGAAUGCCAUCUGCACAGGAGGUGUGGAGGUCACUUACAUCAUAGUCGUGCUCGGUGUGGUCCUGGCUUUGGUUGCUGGAGGACUCGCUGUAAGUCUUUACAUCAGGAGGAGACUUCAACAAAUCCAGCUAGUCAAAGGUCCCAACCGGAUCCUCCUGACCCUGGAAGAUCUAACUUUCAUCAACCCACAGCUCAGCAAAAAGAAAAUCACUCUAGAGGAUUUGAGUGAAUCCAAAAGUGCUCUGGAGGAGAAAUCUGGAGACCCAUCGCACUCCGUGAACAGCAUGCAGACGGCGACUCAUGAGACUACCAACGUUGCUGUCUAUGAGGGUGACUGGGUGUGGCUGAAGAAAUUUGAUGAUGGACACUUUAAAGAAAUAAAACAAAGCACCACCAAAAUCUUCACAAAGAUGAAGGACCUGAGAAAUGAAAACGUAAAUCCUUUCCUGGGCUUUUUCUCCGACUGCCCCAUGUAUGCAGUGGUGACAGAGCACUGCUCACGCGGCAGUCUGCAGGACCUGUUGAGGAACGAGGACGUUAAGUUAGACUGGAUGUUCAAGUCUUCACUUGUGCUUGAUCUCAUCAAGGGUAUGAAAUAUCUUCACCAUAGAGAUUUUCCACACGGCAGACUAAAAUCGCGAAACUGUGUCGUGGAUGGACGCUUCGUCCUCAAGAUUACAGACUAUGGCUUCAAUGAGUUGCUGGAGUCUCAGAAAGCUCCUGCAGAAGAACCACCGCCUGAAGAUCUGUUUUGGACAGCUCCAGAGUUCUUACGCGACCCUGCAAUGGCUCGCAGAGGGACAUUCAAGGGAGAUGUGUACAGUUUUUCAAUCAUCCUUCAAGAGGUGGUGGUGAGAGGGCCACCUUACUGCAUGCUGGGUCUGCCACCUGAAGAGAUCAUUCGUAAGGUGAAAAAGCCUCCUCCAAUGUGUCGACCUACUGUGGCCCCAGAUCAGGCUCCACUCGAAUGUAUUCAACUGAUGAAGCAGUGUUGGAGCGAAAUGCCUGACCGCAGGCCAAACUUUGACGAGAUCUUUGACAGGUUCAAGAUAAUCAACAAAGGUAAGAAGACCAACAUCAUUGACUCAAUGCUGAGGAUGCUGGAGCAGUACAGCUCCAACCUGGAGGACCUGAUCAGAGAGAGGACGGAAGAGCUGGAAGUGGAAAAACAGAGAACUGAGAAGCUGCUGUCUGAGAUGCUCCCACCUUCUGUGGCCGAGGCCCUGAAGACCGGUGCCACAGUGGAGCCAGAGUACUUCGAUCAGGUUACAAUCUACUUCAGCGACAUCGUGGGUUUCACCACUAUUUCCUCGCUGAGCGAUCCUAUCGAGGUUGUUGACCUCCUCAAUGACCUCUACACCCUGUUUGAUGCCGUGCUCAGUAACCACGAUGUCUACAAGGUGGAGACUAUUGGUGACGCUUACAUGGUAGCGUCCGGUCUUCCCAAGAGAAAUGGCAACAAGCACGCUGCCGAGAUCGCCAACAUGUCUCUGAACAUCCUCAGCUCAGUGGGAACCUUCCAUAUGAGACACAUGCCGGACGUUCCCGUCAGGAUACGAAUAGGAAUCCACUCAGGGCCCUGUGUUGCUGGAGUGGUAGGUCUGACCAUGCCUCGGUACUGCCUUUUUGGAGACACAGUUAACACUGCCUCUCGCAUGGAAUCCACUGGGCUGCCUUAUAGAAUCCAUGUAAAUAUGACCACUGUAAAGAUCCUCCGCUCGCUUAACGAGGGUUAUAAAAUAGAUGUUCGAGGCAAGACCGAGUUGAAGGGGAAAGGUAUUGAAGAAACGUAUUGGCUUGUGGGAAAAACUGGUUUCACAAAGCCUUUGCCAAAACCACCAGAGAUUAGACCAGGGGACAACUGGCAGGAAAUGGUGACAGAGGAGAUCAAGACUCUUUUCCGCAAGGCCAACCGUCAGGUGGACAAGAAGAUAUGAACGAGAGCAGAAGGACACGGACGCAAGACGCAAAACUGUAGAGGAGAGGAGGGC